AUGAUUCUGGAGUACAAAUUUCGCAGCAGCAUUCGGUUGGUCAGUCUUCUCGCAGUAAUAUUCCUCGUCAGCGGGUGCAAGCCGAUGGCUCUUCCAACCUCGCAAUCUGGCGCGGAGUGGUUUGCUUGGGACGAAGACUUGUUCGACCUCGACCAUAUCUUCCCUUCCGGUGGUUCGUCGGCGGACGGGGAUCAACCAUUCUCGUGCGGUCAUUUACCUAUCGGGCUUCCAGCCGGGUCAUUAGCUAGCCACGUCUACCCCCCACAAGACUAUUAUCACCCUAUUCAAGCUGCUACUGAACAACGUCCUGCUGGCACUCUGGCUCAUGGGAAGGGCAACUUGCACAGCUUAUUUGGAUCAGGGUUCGAGGCCGCACAAAGCUCCGAACUAGAGCUCCUCGCAGACGGGACACCAGCCUCGAAUGGCUUCGCGGCGGCAGGGGCUUCACGGGCCCUCAACCAUAUCUUCCCUCCCGCGCUUUCAUCGGAGGCUAGGGCGGCUGGACAAGCUGAUCACCACCAACCAUCCUCGGCCUACCAUUCAAGCCCCGUCGGUCUUCCAGCUGGGCCGCCAUCAGCUAGCCACCACUCCCUUCUCCCAGAAUUUCAUUAUCCUGCCCAAAUGGCCGCAAAAGAACGCACUGUUAGCUCCCAGCCCUAUCAUGAUCUGGACGUGUCGUUUGACUCCGGCGAACUAUUUGAACCCGGGUUCUUACCCCACGACUUCGACACCCUUGCAGAGUUCCUCGGACACGGAACACCAGACCCGGAUGGCCUCACGCGGGUAGGGGCUGCGCAGUCACAUCAUGGUGUAGCGCAUGUAUCGGAUAGUCAUAGUCAAACAUUCACAGGUCCUGGUCCGUCAAAUCUGCCCUCCUUCUUGGAUUAUACCUUCAUGCCCUCCUCCGGCACAACCUCCGGACCCCACAAAAAAAGGCGUUCUCGUAAGCGGAAGCAAACCGUUGGGCCUGGCACAACCUCCGGACCCCACAAAAAAAGGUGUUAUCGUAAGCCGAAGCAAACUGUCGGGCCUGUGGCCAAAAGCAUCAAACCUCAGGAUCUGCGUUUCAAUCCCCAGAGGAAUCCAUGGGGCGACAUGCCCAUAUUGGACAUCCCAUUUCCUACAAGCCGACGGCCUGCGCUUUCUAAAAAGCUACCUCCACAGGGGCCACUAGGGUUUUAUUUGAAUGACUUUGCACUCAAUAAUCCAUCGGUGCCCAUGGAACAGAUGGAAAUGGGUCAGUUUCUGACAGGGCUCAGAGCCUUCGAAACCCCGAACCCUCAACUUGUCAUCUCCAAGUGGGAAUUCCACUCGACUCAUCGCACUUAUCUCGGGCUUGGCAUUGCACACAAGGAUAACACACGGGAUUUCAAGGCACGCGGGAAUCAGAAGCCCCACAUCGACAAGCAAGUUCGAGAGAGUCACUAUAAAAGAAGGCGUAGAUUAGCGAAGAAACUAGCCGACUUUGUGUCACAUUAUAAGGAUUGGUAUCAGCAUUGGUUCGAUGAAACUGGGAUAGACUUUGAAAAGAAUCUGCUCCAACCUCACUUUAUUGGCUUCGAGGACGCUCCGGUGCUCUUCCCUCUCUAUCUAUUUUAUGUUGAGAUGAUAUGUUCGAUCGUCCCAAAAGAGGAUGAAGCCACCCUGCAAAUGACACUAGUCCGCGCCCAAGCUUUAUUCAACUCCUGGACUAAGAACUGCAAUGGUUCGAUAUCUCAGAGUGAUGAAAAUCUACAACUGAUUGUCGAAGCGCUCGGAAUACAGAGAAAUCGUCGAGGAGGUCUCAUCAUCGCCGAUACAUCUCUAGGAUAA